AUGCAGUGUAUCGCAUCACAUCGUGAUACGCGAAAACAAUUUUUGGAAGCUAAAAUUCCAUUAUACCUCUAUCCAUUUUUGCACACAACCAAUGAUUCUCGUCCAUUCGAAUAUCUCAGAUUAACAUCUCUUGGAGUUCUUGGAGCGCUUGUAAAGACCGAUGAAAAAGACGUUGUCAAAUUUUUACUUUCUACUGAAAUAAUUCCAUUAUGUUUGAGAAUUAUGGAACAAGGGACAGAAUUAUCACGAACUGUCGCUACGUUUAUCUUGCAGAAAGUCCUUUUGGAUGACAUUGGUCUCGCCUAUGUUUGCCAGACAUAUGAACGGUUUUCUCAUGUAGCUAUGGUUUUGGGCAAGAUGGUGCUUCAACUUUCUAAAGAACCUUCGAGUCGGCUUCUGAAGCAUUUGAUUCGUUGCUAUCAUCGUCUGUCUGAGAACGCUCGUGCCUUGCAAGCAUUAACACAAUGCCUGCCUGACCAGCUUAAAGACGAAACAUUCAAGACUUUGUUAGACCAAGACCGGCCUACUAAACACUGGUGGAAAAUGUUAAUGAAGAAUUUGAAUAUUCCAGUAGAAGAAAAAUAG